UUGUGCUCUUUCGACAAUCUCGCGAUAUAUCAUUCAUCAGUGGCGGCUGUGUGCCACCCUGCCUCAGUCCGGACGGAGUUAUUUCUGACAUUUGAAUGAAAAGCAGUGCGUAUUACCUCCAUUUUGGACUGAUGAAAUAAUGGCUUCAGCUUUGGAGCAGUUUGUGAACAAUGUGCGGCAGCUGUCUGCUCAAGGCCAGAUGACUCAACUAUGCGAGUUGAUCAACAAGAGCGGGGAGCUACUGGCCAAGAACCUGUCCCACCUGGACACGGUACUGGGGGCUUUGGACAUCCAGGACCACUCCCUGGGAGUGCUGGCUGUGCUAUUUGUGAAGUUCUCCAUGCCAAACAUCCCUGAUUUUGAGACGCUCUUCUCCCAAGUUCAGCUCUUCAUCAGUACCUGCAAUGGAGAGCACGUCAGAUAUGCAACAGACACUUUUGCUGGUCUUUGCCACCAGUUAACAAAUGCCCUAGUAGAACGGAAACAGCCGCUGAGGGGCGUGGUAGUCCUGAAACAGGCAAUAGACAAAAUGCAGAUGAACACAAACCAACUUACCUCCGUCCACGCUGACCUGUGCCAGCUGUGCUUGUUGGCAAAGUGUUUCAAGCCUGUGCUCCCCUUCCUGGAGCUGGACAUGAUGGACAUCUGCAAGGAGAACGGGGCCUACGACGCAAAGCACUUUCUAUGUUACUACUACUACGGUGGCAUGAUCUACACAGGGCUGAAAAACUUUGAAAGAGCACUGUAUUUUUAUGAACAGGCGAUUACCACUCCCGCCAUGGCUGUCAGCCAUAUCAUGCUGGAGGCUUACAAGAAGUACAUCCUGGUCUCCCUCAUCCUGCAUGGGAAAGUACAGCAGCUCCCCAAAUACACCUCUCAGAUCGUCGGCCGGUUCAUCAAGCCUCUGAGCAACGCGUACCACGAGCUAGCCCAGGUCUACGCCACCAACAACCCUGCAGAGCUGCGGAAUCUGGUCAGCAAACACGGCGAGACGUUCACCAGAGACAACAACACAGGCUUGGUCAAACAGUGCCUCUCCUCCGUCUACAAGAAGAACAUCCAGAGGCUUACCAAGACCUUCCUGACGCUGUCCUUGCAAGACAUGGCGAGUCGAGUGCAGCUGUCGGGUCCCCAGGAGGCAGAGAAAUACGUCUUGCACAUGAUUGAAGACGGGGAGAUCUAUGCCAGCAUUAACCAGAAGGAUGGCAUGGUUUGCUUCCACGACAACCCUGAAAAAUAUAACAAUCCGGCAAUGCUUCACAAAAUCGACCAAGAGAUGCUGAAGUGCAUAGAGCUGGAUGAGAAGCUAAAGUCGAUGGAUCAAGAAAUCACAGUAAAUCCACAGUUUGUCCAAAAGAGCAUGGGUUCGCAGGAGGACGACGUGGGAAGCAAAACGUCUAGUUACUCCUGAGGGGGCUCGCGGCGGUCCUAGAACGGCCUCUCCAGGAUGAGUCAGCUUUUUUAAUAAAAGAGGAUAAUUCUAUCGCGUAUGGACAUGGGUCAAGGAAUAUCGAAUGUGUGGACUGGUGAUGAUGAUGGGGGUGAUUUGUUUAGUGUUUCUUCAAAAUGUCUCCAGGAUAAUACGAGGUCCUUGCCCGAAGAAAAAUAGAUUACACUUCUUUGUCAGUGUUUUUAUUUAUCAAUGUUUCAGGCCACUGCUGCAUUAACAUAUACCACAAACAAUAAAAACUGGACUUAUUUGUUCAAAAGUAUAAAGUGUGAAUAAUCACUGUUUUGGGAUUUGUUUUCUGCAUGAGGGCCAUACCAGAGGGCAUUACAUAAUUUGUUUUGCCGAUAACUCCAUGGCUUACAUAGAUACAAUCGUUUAAUCCAACUGUUCCCCAUGUUAUCCCUUUUCGUGGUCAGAUUUGAGAUAUCAGCACUGUAUAAAUGUAUGAUAUCAGCGUUCACACGGGCGUGGAAUGGAAUGGAAUUCAGCGAAGUGGUCAAUGGUCACCCUGCCGCAACAGUAAGCAUGCUUAAGGUUGUUUCCACUAGAGGUCGCCAGCCCACUGUACAGUUUAUUCCUUUGCGCCGAUGUUACUACCUAAAGUGUAGUUGUACCGACGAAAUUACCCAACUGUCAUGUUAUUUGAGAGCUUGAGCUUUGCGAUUGUGAAUCUCUUAUAAUAAAUUGUUGAACUAA